AUGUUUUCGGCAAAAUACCUUAAGCGACCUCCAAGGUGGUUAACAAUUUCCCAAAGUCGAGCAUUUUCUUCUACCAAACAGCUUUUGGCGAGAAAGAGGCCUGGUGGUAGAAAACGCUCAACUUCCGAAUUUGACAUUGAAUUUCUUCCCGAAUAUCAGUUUGACAGUACGUCCAAACCAGGUUAUGAAAUAUUGUUUGCACAAGCAGAGAUUAGAAGUUAUCUGCGAAAAACAAAGUAUGAAUUACCACAAUUGGCUAAAUUCUCCAAACCUUAUAUACCUCCAACCAGUGACCAAAUAUUAUUAUUUAAAAGGUCAUACUACAUUGGGGAAGAACAUCCACUUCAAAACAAAGCCGUACUGGCAGUAAAAUUGAGUGAUUUGUCGUUGACGCCCGAACAAGGACAUAAAUUCAAACUGUUAUGCAGUACACGAUUUGAUGGAGAUGACACGUUCAAAUUUUCUUGCGAGAAAUUUCCUCACCUCGCACAAAAUAAAAAGUACCUCAGGGAUUUGAUCGAUCGACUUUUAGAAGCGGCAAAGGCACGUGAAAUUAUCUGUAUAAACAUUCAGCGAGAUCCAACCGAUAGCUUUGCUGAUCUCCCGGUUGAUCUCAGACAUCUCAAAAGGAAAAAGAUAAUUCGAUUCCCCCCAGAAUGGAGACGACCGCCCAAAGAAAAAACCGAAGAAAAUUCAGUAAAUCAGGAAUCGACUUUCAAUGAUAUUGCAGCUAUGGGCUCUGAUCCUAUAAACGCAGAUGAUUCUAAUGCUAUAUUGGAAACUGUCCCUGUUAAACACACUUGA